AUUAAGGCUUGAACAGUGUUCAAAUCGGUCAACUAGGGCUAGUUUAAAUUAAAUUGUUGGAAGAACUGUUGCUCCUAUGCAUUUGAAAAAAAUAUAUAUUGUGGUUUGAAGCCUACUGUAUCGAUUGAUAAAACCAAAAAAGAUAAUAGCUAUACCAAUUCCCCGAAAAAAAAUUACAAUCGUACCACAGAUUUAGAUAUAAAUUACAAAUUCUCUCCAAAACGGCUAAUGCGAUUUAUUUUAAUCUUACACGUAUUAUUAGGUAAAGUUUAUAUUAUUGAUUCUAUAAAAAAAAAUAUGUAUUAACUCGUUUCCUGGGCAUGGAAAGUAAUAAAAGGUACAUAAACUCAAGCGCAAUGGGCUUCCCCCCGCAAUUUCACACCCGCGAGCCCUGCCUGCGGCCUGUCCUCAGUCCACCUCAACGCUUUGCGACGGAAGGACUGCGCUUGUGUUUCGGAGCCAAUAAUAAUUAAAUAUUUGCGUAUUUUCGUUUUUACCCGCGGAUUUUUUGCGAAAUGCCAAAAUAUAAAAAAAGUGUCAAGUGAGGCGAGGACAAGAACUUCGGAAAUUAUUGAAUGAAAGGAAGAGCGGAAACAAGCCUGAUGAACCUAUGGCAGAUCAACUAAAAUCGCAAGAGGAAGGUAGUCAUGCCGUUGGUGAACAUUUACCUGCAAAAAUAUCACAACCACAAGCAGAUAUUUCUGCUUCACUCUCAGAGGCACAUUCCAGUAUGGAAGUCGACGAAAACGAGCCACAUUUAUUUGAAGUUUUACCGGAAAACAAGAUUCCAGACCAAGAACCAAGAAAAAUUUCGACUGGAAGACGAAUUGUUGAAAUUGAUUAUUUUUUCAAUAAACUCAAAGAAAUAGGCAGUCACGGUCCUUUGGGUUGCGGUAUUCAAGCUCUAGAGCUUGUAGGAGAGAAGGAAUGUGGAUUUAAUUCUAAAUUCACAUUCAAAUGCAAUAUGUGCAACCUUAAAUUUUUUGUAAAUAAUGUUUCAGGCGAUUGUGACAUUAACAAUGCUGCUGUUGCGGGUACUGUCGCUAUUGGUUGUGGACAUUCGCAGCUGGUAGAACUGUCGUCAGCUUUAGAUCUGCCGCUAAUGACCCAAAACACGUACCAGAAACACCAUAACGUGGUGUCGGAACAAUAGCAAAAGGCACUUGAAACCUCAAUGGCAGAAGCUGGUAAAGAGGAAAAAGCAAUGGCAAUUAAAGCAGGCAGAAUAAAUAAAGAUGGAAUACCUAUCAUUGACGUAGUGACGGAUGGAUGCUGGAGUAAGCGAUCCUACAAAAAGAACUAUUCUGCACUAUCGGGUGCUGCUGCCAUAAUAGGCAAGAAUACGGGCAAAAUUUUAUUCCUUGGAGUAAAAAAUAAAUAUUGCAGCAUAUGCAUGCUAGAUCAAAAGCGAUCAAAUGCAACAAAGAGGCUUCAUCAAUGUUAUAAAAACUAUAGUGGUCCAUCAACUGCAAUGGAGUCAUCUAUUAUUGUGGAGGGCUUUAAGUCAUCCAUAGAAAUGCACGGACUAAUUUAUGGCCGUGUUAUUUCUGAUGGUGACUCUAGCACAUAUUCAAAAAUUUUAGAAGCUAGGCCCUAUCCCAGCGACACAGUGGAGAAAGUAGAGUGUCGCAAUCACCUUCUUAGAAAUUUUUGUAACAAAUUGAUGGCCUUGAUUACAGAAACUAAAUAUCCGAUACGGUACCGAAAGUACAUAACAAAGCAAAGGGUUAUGUGGAUGAGGUCUGCUGUUAUUAACCUUUCCUAUGCCGAACAGCCGCGCACACAUGUAACCGCCGUCUGCCGGCGCUUUUUGGCAGUAGAGAGCGCCCGCGCGGGAAUCACAUUUAUAUGAAUAUUUGGGUAUUAUUGUUUGGUACUCAAUAAUGUAUCGAUUGUAAUUUAUUGUCAGAUAGCUAAUGAACAUGUUACAAUGAAUUUUAUUGGUUAUAAUAGUUUUAUUUGAUUUCUAUAGGUCAUUGAUUACAGAUUUUUACUUGAAACUGCACCCAUCACAGUAAAAUACCUCUAUUUCAAUAUAAUUUUAGUUUCAAUCCAGGUUUUUUUAUACUUAUUACUUGAAGAGAUUAUAUAGCUAUCAACUGAUAUCAAUAAAGUAUAAACUCUAGAGGAAAUAGAUUCAUAAUUUAUAUUUUGAAAACAGACUAUAAUUUGCUUUAUUUCAAAAGACUCCAUUUUCUGUACAUGUGCAUGUGUGCGUGACCGGAGCUUGCUCCAGUGCGCCGUGUGCCAGAUCUGUCCCAAAUCAAGGGUGUUCACUUUUGAUGAAAUAAAACAAGAAUGAUAAUAUUUUUAUAAUGUUUCGUAUUUUAGCAUACUAAAUUAUAAAAACUUAAACGUAAGUUACUUACUGAAUCAUAUUUACUUAUUCGUUAACCUACUUUCAACAAAUAUGAUACUAUAAAUAUAUACAUAUAUAAAUACAUAUAUUUAUUUAUAUAAAUAGGACAGGUGAUCACCCUCUCAGACUCAUCUACACAUCGAUAUCAUUCUAAAGAGCCUAAACUUCACGUUCACUAGAGCGAUGAUCCUAAAAAAUAAAACACGCUGUAUAACAGCCCAACGCACAUCGUGUACACACACGAGCGGCGGCCAUUUUGUUUGAGUAUGUGUGUGUGUGAAUUUUGGAUGCACCUUGAUAAAUAUUGAUUUUCUCUAAUAUUUUGGCUAUUUAUUGAAUAAACCGAUAUAAAUAUGUUUUAUCAAUAAAAUUAUCUUUAUAAAUGAAAUAAAUUAUUUAUUGAUGUUUUUACAUAACAGUGUAGAAAACAGUUUACAAAGUUACGCACCCUUCAGGCAAUUAUCCGGUACAAUUUUAGAUCGAUAAAAACUAGAUUUUUUGUAUUUUUUUAUACUAUUGAUUUAUCACUAUACCUUCAAAAUUGAAUAAAUAACAAGAAAACAUAGUAUUUACUUACCUUUUGACGUUUUUUCCAUACGAAAUCUCUAUUUUAUUACCAACAGUCGCGAGUACAAGGACUGUUCAAGGUACCAAAAUUUGAAUUUCGCGCUACUAGUAAACAAGUGAAGUUUUUGAUUCAAUGAAUGUUGUCGAUGGUUGUUUCAUUCAUAUAGAAUAAAUCACAGGUGAUUUCAUACUCUAUUUCAUGGUAAUUAAUAACUAAAAUCACAAAAAUCGCGAUGAAGUGCUCUUGGGACAGAUCUGUCACUAGGCAGACAAAGGGGGUUGGGACAGAUCUGGCACACGGCAUUCUAGAGGUUAAAUGUAUUGAACAUCAUACUAAAACUAAUGAAGACAACAUUGACUUUUGCACUCAAAAACUGUUUGAAGAAAUUCAAACAUUGCACUUACAUGCCUUCGGCAACCAUUGCAAUUGCAAAAGCCAUUUUUGCCAGACUAACAAGGAAAAUGUUUGUGAUGUACCUACAGAAUUUUUUACAAGUGCACUUUGGCAAAAAAUUUGUUUCAUCGUUAACAGCCUAGCAGGACAUUCACGAAGUUUAGCCCACAACGUGGACAGCAACAUUGUGGAGUGCUUUCACAGCAUUGUGGCGAAAUUUGUGGGUGGAAAACGGGUAAAUUACUCCCUGCGCCGAGGAUAUCAAACUCGCUGUGCUGCAUCCGCAGUCUCAUUUAACGCAAAGAGAAACCCAGUUACCAUUAUGUUAAAAAGAAUUACUGGUAAAAGCCCCAGAGGAAGCUUGAAGAAGCUGGAAGAUAGAAAACGUAGACGAGCUCUGCUAUUAAAGAAAUACUCUUACAAGAAACGGCGCCUGCCAUUCGCAAAUCAAAAAGAAGAAAAAAAAAGCUACGGUGAAAACAGUGAAAGGCCCGAUGUUUCAGAUAGCGUCUUGGAGGACAUGAAAAAUAAUUUUCUCAAUACUAUGAGAAAAACAGAGAGCGAGAGACAUGAUAUUGAGCAAAGGACAAUACUACAGAGCCAGUCUGGUGAAUGGCUAGAAUUCCGCCGAUCGAUGCUGACAGCUUCUAACUUUGGCAAAAUAAUUAAAAUGAGACCAGAUACAAGCUGUGCCAAUACGGUUAAGCAGCUUCUGUACAAAAUUUCCAUUGAUGCAGAAUCCAUUCAACAUGGAAAUGAAAAUGAGAAGACGGCUCUGGAUCAACUGGCGGCUCAAGAGGCGAUUGAUAUAAGACCCUGUGGGCUUUUUAUAGACCCAGAUAUUCCAUAUCUAGGGGCUACUCCGGACGGAUUAUGUGGGGAUGAUAUUAUUGUAGAAGUGAAAUGCCCUAUAACGGCUUUCAAAAUGGGUAUCGAUGAGGCUAUCGCCAAAAAGAAGGUAAAUUUCUGGACCAAAGAUAAAAGCGGCAAAUUAACAAUUAAUAAAUCACACGUUUGGUUCUACCAAAUACAGGGCCAACUGCACGUAACUAGACGUGAAAAAUGUUUAUUCGCGGUGUGGUAUAGUUCAAAAGAACCAUUAAAAAUAGAAUGGAUCGAGAGAGACGAUGAUUUUUUCGAGCAAAACAUGAAGGAAAAAUUAUGUCAAUUUUAUUUAAAUUGCAUUUUACCCGAAUUGCUAGAUCCACGACACACAAGAAGUUUGGAAAUAAGAAAUCCGCAAUAUAUUUUAGACGCAAUUAAAAUGAAAUCCAAUAAAAAAGGGAAAAAAAAACAAAAUAAAAAUAAUCUUGAAAAUGCAAUAUGUGCCUUGGGCACUGAUGAUGACCCUGAUAGUAAAACUAGAGACAGUCCUACCGUUACUGAAACACCCACCUGUUCGAAAUAUUUAGAUUAUGAUGAUGACCCUGAUAGUAAAACUAGAGACAGUCCUACCGUUACUGAAACACCCACCUGUUCGAAAUAUUUAGAUUAUGAUGAUGACCCUGAUAGUAAAACUAGAGACAGUCCUACCGUUACUGAAACACCCACCUGUUCGAAAUAUUUAGAUUAUGAUGAUGACCCUGAUAGUAAAACUAGAGACAGUCCUACCGUUACUGAAACACCCACCUGUUCGAAAUAUUUAGAUUAUGAUAAAAAUUAAAUAAAAAAUACUUGUACAACCUA